AUGUCAAAAACCUAUACCCUUGGACGCUGGGUUACCGCCGACCUGAAAACUAUCAGCAAAUAUGUGAAGGGAAUGCGUAGAGCUCGGGAUGUUACCCAUCCUUCACUGUUAGCCUUACAGGAUCUGAUUGAAACCGACCCAGAAGUAAACAUGCUCUUCACGACCACGUUUACUCAAGAAUUUGACCCACCUCAAGAGAAUCCAAUCUCAGACUACAUGGAUAUGCUUAAGAAGAUGCAGACCAUCAUUACCAGCGCUCCCGAGUACGGUAGUACGCUUGGUAGUGCACUCCUCAACCACAUCCUGAUAUAUGUGAUGGCAACACCUUCAGGAACCAUGGCUUUUAUCAACGAUAAAGUCAACAAAUGCUUCAGGGAUAUUCUCAACAGCCGGGCGCAGCUUCUGAAUAGUCCAGAUUCACGAGAGGUCUUGAACAAGCAGGUAAAUGAAACAGGACAGCAUAAAUAAAAGCGAUGCAGAACUGGGCCGUUAAAUUCAAUGCAAAAAGUUGACAUGCAUGCCAAAAUAGCCUAUGCCAAUGAAUGUACUGUAACAUUUUCUUGAAUUAUUUUUUGUCAUCUUACAAUGUUAUACAUAUAUAUUGGUAGAUAUUGCUUUGCAGGAAUAUUUUAUAAUUUGGUGAAAACAGAUUUCAGCCAUCUUUAAGUGCGAUUAAUGUUGAAUCUUUAAGUGCGAAUAAUGUCGAUUAAUAUUAGUCUUUAUAGGUAACAUUUCAAUCAUCUUAGGAGGAAAUGUAUUGUCAGUAUCUUUAUGGUAAAUAAAUUUCAAUUUUGAUUACACCCGUUUUCAAAAUUACGCGACCUCCCUGAAAAAUACUCCUACUUCAAAUGUCAGUUUUAUGUCACAAGAACUGCCAAAAAUAGCAAACGUAAACAAACUGUCUAAAGACAUUUUAAACCGUAUUUAAUACCAAAACUGAACAAAAAUGAGUCAGAUAACUUAGAUAUACAAACUAAAGCACAAUACAAACCAUCACAACAGAAAUAUGUGCCGUGAAUGACUAUUAAAGUUUGAAAAAUAACAAUUUAUCCUGGAAUUUAGCUGUCAGUAUAAAACACGCGCGCUAGACUAUAACGGUGAUGUUAUGAUUUUGUUGUGCUUAAAUUUUACAAUAAUUCUCACUAAAAUAUCUUGAAAAUCAUUGUAAGUCUGUUUAUAUGAAGCAUACAAAGCAUAUACAUGGACAAGGAACCGCGAAACUCAAAGUUUCAACUUCGUGAUCGAAUGACAUAAAACUGACAUGUUAACUCUAGUAUUUUCGUCCUUGGUCGCGUAAUUUUGAAAACGGGUGUAAAUGUUUCAUAUCAUAUCACAAGGUGAGUUGUGCCGGAGGUUUUAAAGCCGGAGGUUUUGACAAUGUUAACGAAGAUGCAUUUGUUAUGUUAAAAAUAUAUUACAUUUCUUUUAAACUUAUCCAAAUAUUACAAUAUUAACAGUUUAAUAGUUAUAGAAGAGCGAGUAAAAAUGCCACAAUGCCUCUGUUCGAUCAUUAUCCAAGUUUACAGUCCAGCACAUCGGUCAGAAAAAUCAUUUAAUUUGUGAAGAGAGCACAAACUUUGACACAAUGAUUAUAGUAUGAUUAGCACUCAUGUAACAAUAAGAUUUCAGAUUUGCAUCUCGAGCUCAGAUUUGCCCAUGGUUGGGACAGAACAGCAUUUUUAUAAAUUUUCUUAUAAAUUUCCACAUUCAAAAAAGUUUUCUUUUUCUACACAUCACCUGCAUCAUUAGAAAUAUCACAAAGAACUACAAUAUAUAAGUGAGUAAUGUAAUUUUGCCAACCAAUUUAGGCUAUAUUAACUAUAAGGAAAAUGCUAUGCAAAAAUACCUUUGUAAAUACUAGUUACUCCUGUGUUCUGCAAGCCUACCGACUCCCACAACUAUCUACUAUUUUCCUCUUCCCACCCCAGCCACACCAAAAGGUCUAGACUCUCAAACCAAAAGUCUGGAAAUGCAUGAGACAUGUUUUUGUCCAACGUGGCUAUCCAACCUCUCUAUAGCUAUUAGGCACUCCCUUUUCGAAGGCCUCCCAAAUUCCACGAGCUCAGACCCUUACAGACCCUGUGUCCAAUUAAUAUCACAGGUAACAACACAAUCCCCCCUAGUAUUAUAACUUAUCAUCCUUUCAAUUUCAAAGUUAGAGAUGUCAUGAGAAAGAAUUUCCAUAUUUUGAAACACGACCCCGAAACAUCUUCCAUUUUCUCCGAUAACCUCUUACGCUUGUAUUCUAAAAGCUCACUCGCACUCAAAGAGUGGAGAUUAAAUCUGAGCUUCCCAUGAGUUUCAAUGAUAUUUUUGCGGAAUAGCUGAUGGGUUAGUAGUCACAUAUAGUAUUUAAGGUACGAUUCUAACCAUCCAUCCAGCUAUUCAAAAACAGCACUGACACUCAUGGGAAGCUCGGAUUUAACCUCCACUCUUUGAGAGUGAGUUUGAGUGAUCUUUUACAAUCCUAAUUCAUAGCUUACUAUCACAAGAUUUGUCGUCACGCAGAAUGCACAUUUCCUUACCGGCCGGGUUGCCAAAUGCAAAACAUGUGAUUUUGUAGAUUCUGCAUGCCACCACCAUUUAGGCACCAAAAUCUGAAUACCUGCAUGUCAAGCACCAUUUCACGUGUAUACCUCUUCCCAUUUCAUCUACUGCAUCUCGUGGUGAGCCUCGGCGUGCAGUCAUUGACAAUGAUGCUAAUCAGUCUGUUGUUGUCUGUUGUAUAUUAUGUACUCUGUAUAGGGUUGGGCGAUAUUAAAAAAAUCAUCUCACGAUUAUUGUCAAGGAAAUUAUCAAUUUUAAUUAAUAUCUAACAUAUAGUAAGCUCAUAUAUAAUCUUAUUAAAAACAAGUAAAACAACAAAUUAAAGUAAUAUGAAGGCUUUUUCUAGUCAAACAUUUACUGUUGACUGUUCGUAAACCAGAACUGUCUAUGCAAUGUCUACAGUGUCUCCGCUGGCACAAAUGCCGUUGGCACACAGCGCAAGCAAAGCCUGCAAUUUCAGCAGAUUAGUACAUAAAUAUUAGCUUUUUAUCGUAUUAAAUUCGUAUUUAAUUCAGGAAAUAGUUUUAAUUCUUUUAAAAACUAUAUUUUCUAGGAAUUGAAAAGAACUUUUUAGGAUUUUAUAACAGCUAUAUGCACAUGUGAAGCAAUAUCACGAUAGUCAUCGAGCAUGACGAUAAUUUCGAUAUAUCGUUGCUCAAGUUUCUACCUUCGAUACGAUAAUUGUGAUUGAAAAUAUCGCGAUAAAUCGAAAUAUCGAAAUAUCGUCCAACCCUAAUAAUGGAUUUAUAUUUUUUGUUUAUACUUUGUUUUUAAUAAAUCCAUCUGAAUGGUAUAUUUUUUGUCAUACGAUCGCUUUUAUAUUCUUAGCAUAAACGUUCAUGCAAUCCCCUAGUGACUCCAGAAGAAGGAUCUUCGCUCAAAACGUCGAAAUUCUCCUAGCUAGGGACCAACGAAGGCUUGUUAAAUAAACAACAUUUAAUCCAAUAUACAAAUAAUGAAUGUUUAUGAGUGCAAUAAUAAGAAUAUUUUUAUCCAGGGGCGCCGGAAGCAACAUGAAGCGGCGGGGGCAGCCAUGUAAAAAGGGCACUUACUCUUGAGCCUCAAUUUUUGUGCGGGGGGGGGGGGCAAUGCUCGUUAACAUUUUGCUGUAUAACGGAUACUUCAUUACUUGUACCUAAUACAGUUAGACAAAUUUCGGCAUAGAUUGGAAAAUUUUUAUUCGUUGCAUGACACUAAAGACUAAAAUGUAUUGUAAAGCAACAUGACAGUUAUCAGUUAUUUAGGAAGGUUUCCUUUUUUACUUUUUUUCAUAUUAGGUUGAAACUGAUUUGUAACGUUUCUGAGAGGAAUUCAGAUUCAAGUAUGAGCUAAAUUGUUUAAAAACAGUUUUCAAUUUCAAUUCAUGUGAAAAACGCAUGACGUUCGAAGUGCAGUUUUGGUAAAAAGGCAACCUGCUGCAACCGUGCUGCCCCCGCACUGUUUAGGCAACGGGGGCAGCUGCCCCCGCUGCCCCCGUGGCUCCGGCGCCCCUGUUUUCAUCAAGUGAAAGAUGGAAUGUUCCAUUCAACGAGACGACAGUCGAGUUGAUUGGAACAUUCCAUCUUACACCGAAUGAAAAUAUUUUUACUAUUACGAAUAAAUAUUCAUUAGUUGUUUUAUAUAGGCCUAAUACCAAAAUAGACUAAUAGAUUCGUAUGAGAAGCAUUUUGACGGAUGCGAUUUAUCGAAAACACAAAGAGUGCAAAGGAAUAAAACGUAUAGUACAAUUGCACUCGCAAAGAGUGCAAUGGAAUUACGUAUUCCAUUGCACUCUUGGAAAAUGGAAUUUUCUAAAUAUCACGUGACCAUAAACAGCCAAUUAAACGAUCAGAAUUAAAUAAGGUAUAAUAUAAUAUAAUAUAGACAUAAAAUCCGUACUACUUAAUCAAUGCUUUGUACAUAGUUUUUUUGUGAUCUUUCUAACGAAACAGGUAAUAUCUAGCAAGAGUGAACUUGAAACUUCAACUUUACAAACAAUUUUAUAGGAAUUUAUUAGGCAAUUUAGAAAAAAAAAAUUUUCUCACAACCAUCUGAGAUGCCUUUUUCUUUUUGUCGCAUGAAAUCGUAACUGUGCCAAAUUUAGUGUUUUGAUCGUAGAAUGCAUGAUAAUACCAAAAACUAAUGUAAUGGACUACUAUACAAAAUAAACCAUAUGUAAGCAUGCAUACUGUAAACGUAUUGUAAACAUGGUAUUUUCUUGUUUUAUCGCAAGGAUGGUUGGUUGAGUCCAGACUCUUUAGCAGAAAUGCCUGGCUUCCUGAAGACAUACAAAGUAGAUUUAGCUGAUCCUUACUAUGGAUUCCAGUCGUGGAAUGAUUUCUUUGCCAGAAAGUUGAAAAACGACAAAGUUCGUCCGAUCGCUGAGCCCGGCGAUCCAUACGUGGUCUGUUCUCCAUGUGAUGCUUGCCCAUAUUUCAUCGAGAGAAACCCAAAGCUCCGAGAUCAAUUUUGGAUCAAGUCACAGCCAUACAGCUUACAGCAUCUGCUCAAUGAUGAUCCCUUGACCGAGAAGUACGUAGGAGGCACUGUCUUCCAAGCCUUUCUUGAUACUGCCAACUACCAUCGCUGGCAUGCACCAGUUGCUGGUACAAUAACCAAGGCAUACAUCAAGGAAGGCGCGUAUUAUGCAGAAGCUCUCUCGGUGGGUUACGAUCCAACAGCCAAUACAUAUUCACAACGUUAUCUCAGUCACGUAGAUACCCGAGCCAUAAUCCACAUUGAUACAGGGAAACCAGAAAUUGGUACCGUGAUCUUUGUCGCAGUUGGAAUGGCUGAGAUCUCAAGUUGUCCUCUUGAGGUCUAUUAUGGGCAGGAAGUGAAGAAAGGUGAUCCUCUAGGCACCUUCCAAUUUGGUGGAUCUACGUACUGCCUCCUGUUUGAAAAAG